AUGGCACUGCUGGACUCUGUGGCACUGGACCCCGUGGUGGUUGACUCAGCAAUGCUUGUCAACAACGUGCUGCUCGACCCCGCGUUGCUCGACUCAGUCGCGCUGAUCAGUGGCGCGCUGCUCGACUCUGUGGUACUUGAGCCAGUCAUGCUGGUCAGCGAAGUACUGCUCGACUCCGCAAUGCGCGACUCGGACGCCCUGGGCAGCGACGCGCUGCUCGAUCCCGCGGUGCUCGACGCGGUCGCGCUGGUCAAAGAGGUGCUGCUUGACACUGUGGUACUUGAGCCGGUCGUGCUGAACAGCGAGAUACUGCUCGUCUCUGUGGUACUGAAGCCAGUCGUACUGGUGUCUGUCGCGCCAGUCAGCGGGGCGCUGCUCUACUCCAUGGCACUUGAGCGCGAAGUACUGCUCGACUCUGUGGUACUUGACCCAAUUGUUCUGGUCGCGGUCGUGCUCGUCGGCGAGGCGCUGCUCGACUCUGCGGUGCUCGAACCUGUAGUGCUGGGCGCGGUGGUGCUGGUCAGCCAAGUACUGCUCGACGACGUACUGCUCGACCCUGUGGUAUUUGAGCUGGUCGUGCUGGUCAGCGAGGUUCUGCUCAAAUCUGAGGUGCACGAUCCUGUGGUGCUCGACUCGGUCGCGCUUGUCAGCGACGUGCUGCACGACUCUGCGAUACUUGAGCCAGUAGUGCUGGUCGCGGUCGCGCCUGUUCGCGCGGUGCUGCGCGACUCCGCGGCGCUCAAUCCCGCAGUGCUCGACUCGGUCGUGCUGGUCAGCGACAUCCCGCGCGCCGACGUGCUGCUCGACUCUGCGGUACUUGAGCCGGUCGCGUUUGUCAGCGAAGUGCUGCUCGACUCUGUGGUGCUUGAGCCGGUCGUGCUGGUUUCGGUUGUGCUGGUCAGCGACGUGCCGCGCGACUCUGCGGUGCUUGAGCCGGUCGCACUGGCCUCGGUCGUGCUUGUCAGCGCGGAGCUGCUCGACUCACCGGCGCACGACUCCGCGGAGCUCGACUCGGUCGCGCUGGUCAGCGACGCGCUGCUUAGCGUGGUGCUGCUUGAUUAUGAAGUACUUGAGCCGGUCGUACUGGUCAGCGAAGUGCUGCUCGACUCUGUGGAAAUUGAGCCUGUCGCGCUGGUCUCGGUCGUGCUUGUCAGCGACGUGCUGCUCGACUCUGUGGCGCUUGAGCCCGUCGUGCUGGUCUCGGUCGCGCUGGCCAGCGUGGUGCUGCCCAACUCCGUGGUGCUCAAUCCCGCAGUGCACGACUCAGUCGUGCUGAUCAACGACGCGCUGCUCGACGACGCACUGCUCGACUCCGCGGUGCUUGAGACAGUCUCGUUUGCCAGCAAGGAGAAGCAGGCGAACAUGGCAGAGGCGGAACGCAGCUAA